GGCCCAUCGGCCUUCCUUCGUGCCGCCAGGCCCCGCCCCUCUAGGUCCCGCCCUCUCUCGGCCCCGCCCGGCGCCCCUCGAGGCUCCGCCCCUAGGCCCCGCCCCUCUCGGCCCCACCCGGCGCCACUCGUGGCUCCUCCCUAAUCCCCGCCCCUCUCGGUCCCGCCCGGUGCCACUCGAGGCUCCGCCCCUAGGCCCCGCCCCCUCGAGGCCCGGCCGCGUGUCCCUCGAGGCCCCUUGCAGGGCACGGCGGUGUGCAGCGCGCUAGCAGCGAGUGGAGUGCCCGCUCAAGGGGGGCUCGCUGUCCAGCCCCAGCCCUCUCCGGAUGGAGGCGCUGUCAUGGCAACGCCUGAUAGCCUGCAGGCUUAGGGACUUCCACAUAGGCGACUCCCAGCGCGUCAUGCGUUCAUUUGCUGGUCCUGUAAUUGCGGAGCGCCUGGGUGAACCAGACGUCUCGGUUUCUGCCGUCGUUUAGCAGUCUAGUUCCUUUUUUUUUUUUAAGCUCUUUAUUGGAAUAUAAUUGCUUUACACUCUUGUACCAGCUUUUGAGGUACACCAAGUGAAUCAGCUGUAUUUAUACACAUAUCCCCAUAUCCCCUCCCUCCCGCGACUGCCUACCACCCUCACUGUCCUGGCCCUCUAAGGCAUCUCCCAUCGAGUUGAUCUCCCUUUGUUAUACAGCAGCUUCCCACUAGCUAUCUGUUUUACAGUUGGUAGUGUAUAUAUGUCUAUGCUACUCUCUCACUUCGUCCUAGCUUCCCCUUCUCCCCUUGGCCCCCCAACCCUGUGUCCUCCAGUCCAUUCUCUGCAUCUGCAUCCUUAUUCUUGCCCUGUCACUGGGUUCAUCAGUACCAUUUUUUUAGAUUCCAUAUAUAUGUUAGCAUAUGGUAUUUGUUUUUCUGGCUUACUUCACUCUGUAGGACAGACUCUAGGUCCAUUCACCUCAUUACAUAUGGCUCCAUUUCAUUCCUUUUUAUGGCUGAGUGAUAUUCCAUUGUAUAUAUAUGCCACAUCUUUAUCCAUUUUUGAAAAAUUCCUGGGCUGAGAUACAGUGUUAGAUAUGCUAUGCGGGCCUGGGAGCAGCGACUCACCUGUGCAGGUCACUCCACCCCACUGUGUAUCUGUAAAAUGAGGGAAGUGGGCCGUGUGAUCUAUAAAAGACCAGUGUUAAAUUACGUGAUCCGCUGUCACCACGCCUGUUUAACUAACUCUUGUUCUCUGUGCUUGAUGGAAGUUGUUUGAUUUUUAGGGUCAGGACAGCUGGACAAAACACAUAUAUAAUGAUGCAGCUUUAUUGCUGGAACAACUUACACUUGCAUGUCCGAAGUUGGCUCCAGGUAUUCGUGGGGUAGCUUGGGGAAGUCGUUUCACCUCUUUGCCUUAGACCCUCCUCUGUGAACUAGGAGUAAUAGGGUCUCCCUCAGAGGACUUUUGUGCGGGUCACAUGCGAUAAGGCUCAUCAGAUGUUUAGCACAGUGAAGUGCUCCAUAAAAUGAUGGCUUUUAUUAUGUUUAUAUGGUUUUUAUCACCUGGACAGUUGUACAUAUUUUUUAAUUUAAUUUAUUUAUUUAAUUUAUUGGCUGUGCUGGGUCUUCUUUCGUUGCUGCAAGUGGGCCUUCUCUAGUUGCUGCGAGCUGCAGGCUUCUCGUGGUGGCUUCUCUUGUUGUGGAGCACAGGCUCUAGGCGCGUGGGCUUCAGUAGUGUGGCACACGGGCUCAGUAGUCGUGGUGCACCGGCUUAGCUGCUCUGUAGCAUGUGGGAUCUCCCCGGAGCAGGGAUUGAACCCUUGUCCCCUACACUGGCAGGCAGAUUCUUAACCACUGUACCACCAGGGAAUCCACGUAUUUUCUUUAUUUGUGAAAAUAAUAUGGAAUGUUGCUUGCUUGUCACAAAUGAAAAAAAUAAGUUAUUUUUUUAAUUCAGUUUUUUAGUUUUGAGCUAUUUGUAGAUUCCCAUGCAGUUGUAAGAAACAUUAGAGAUCCUGUGUACCCUUUACCUAGUCUUCCCCAGUGGUAGCAUCUUGUAAAAGGAUAGUACAAUAACAUAACCAGGAAAUUGACGUUGACACAGCCCAUGGAUCUUAUUCAGAUAACCCCAGUUUUACAUUUGUGUGUGUAUUUACUUCUGUAUAGUUUUUAUCACGUGUAUAAAUUCUUUUUUUUUGGCAGUGAGAGUGUGGAGUCCUGACCACUGGACUGCCAGGGAAUUCUCCAUGUGUAGGUUCUCACAUCCACCACAGGCAAGCUACAACACAGCCCCAUCACCACCAAGAUCCCUCGGUUGCCCUUUUAUAACUACACCUCCCUCCUCAAGGCACCCUCUUCCCCAUUCUCUUCUCCCUUUCUAAAAUUUUGUCACGUUAUAAUGUUAUAUAAGCAGAACUAUAUAGCGUGUAACUUUCUGGAAUUGGCAUUUUCACUCAGCAUAAUCCCUUGAGAUCCAUCCAAAUUGUUGCGUGUUUUGCUAGUUUACUCUUCCUUAUUGCUGAGAGAGAGCUCACGGUAUGAAUGUACCACCGCGUGUUUAACCAUUCAGCCAUUGAAGGACGUCUGAGUUACUUCUAGCUUUUAGCGAUUGCAAAUAAAGCGGCUGUGAAAGUGAGCACACAGCUUUUUGUGUGAGCCUGUUUUUGUUUCUCUGGGAAAACUGCCCAAGAGUCCAGUUGCUGGGUCAUAUGAUGAGCACACGGUUAGUCUUGUAAGAAAGUGCCAAGCUGUUUUCCACAGCGGCUGCACCAGUGCGCUUUCCCAGCAGCAGUGCUGAGGGACCCAGCCUCUCCUCAGUGUCACCAGCUUUUCCUACUGUCACUGUUGUUUAUUUUAACCAUUACACGGAUGUAGUGAAUUUGCUACUAGGCUGAGUACAGAAUUAUACAAUUCUAGGGUCUGCGGUCAGGCUUUCAUGGGUCAGCCGGUAGUAGUGACUUUUUUACGACGGUGAUUUUGAGCACGUGCUUCUUAGUUUAGCAAAGUGAAAGAACUCAAGAUACACAUGCUCUUUUUAUAAAGUUUUCUCUGCUUACCUUCUCCCCUAGGCUUGACUGUACAUUCAUUUGUUUCACUUAGAUAAUCUCAAAUCAAAAGCUCGCCUUGCAUUCCUUCACCCUGUUAAGUCUUCGGCUAGAGACAGUUGUAUUCCGCCACCACCCUCCUCAGCUAAGAACUCGUGUUCACCUCCCAUCUAGCUCAGAAUCUGUGAGAAGCUGGUUCAAUGAGUGUCUGGUGAUACUGGCCUAGGAGUGGCUUUGGGACCUUUGCUUCUAAUUCCUAAGGAAUUGCUCCGUUGUUCGGUUUCACUAGAUUCUAGACACCUCAGGAAUAAAUAUUGGCAUCCAUAGUGGAUGAUUUGCAGUGAACUGGGGUUAUAAUUUGGGACAAAAACCUCCCCAAUUCUGAUACCACCCCUCCCCUCUCCCCGCACUUUUACUGCCCUCAAGAAUGAGUGGGCUAGUUCAGUCUUUUGACCACUAAAUUAGCCAUCUUUUUGAAUAGCCCACCUAAAUAAGUAUGUUUAAUAUGUAAAAAAGAACUUCCACUUUUUUAAAAAACUUGUUUUUAUGCAAAUUGGGGGACUUCAUAUCCCAUUUUGAGUCACACUGUAGAGGUCUGGCCUUAUCUAAGUCACAAACAUAACAGCAACUUUUAGAAACAUCUGUUACAAGCUUAUGACUCUAAGCCAUGUUAUCAUAAUAAGAAGAAUUUUUUAAAUUUAAUUCCUGGAUUAUUUAUCACAGCGGUAAUUUAGUGGUUAUUUUUUAACUUGCAUUUAACUGGUUUCUUUUAAUUUUUUAAAACUAAAUUCACCAACUCACCACCAGAGGUCUCCUCUUUCCCUCUAGAAAGCAUUUUCAGAGGUAGCUGCUUAAAUUCAUCGGAAAUUCUUAAUAUCGAUCAACAAAGUCGCAGUGGAGAAUGCAGAAACCUACCAAUUAGUUUUUUGGACUUAUUGCUAAAUAAAAACUUAAUUUUCGGGCUUCCCUGGUGGCGCAGUGGUUAAGAAUCUGCCUGCCAAUGCAGGGGACACAGGUUCGAGCCCUGCUCUGGGAAGAUCCCACAUGCCACGGAACAACGAAGCCCGUGCACCACAGCUACUGAGCCUGUGCUCUAAAGCUCACGAGCCACAACUACUGAGCCCAUGUGCCUAGAGCUAGUGCUCUGCGACAAGAGAAGCCACCUCAAUAUGAAGCCUUCGCACUGCAAUGAAGAGUAGCCCCCAACACAGCCAAUAAAAAUAAAUAAAUAAAUACAAUUUAAAAAAACAAACAAAAAACUUAAUUUUCAAGUUUAACUUAUAAAUAUAAUAUCUAAUAUUUUUAGAGAUCAUAAGCUGAAGUAAAUUUGGCCUUUUCCUUAAGCUGAAAUACAAGAUGGGCCAAAAUUUAUCAAGUGAAAGUACUUCAGUUUUCGCCAACCUCUCUAAUUUACCUGCUUAAUGACAGUUUCCCUGGUUUCUGCAUGAAAAUGUAACAGCCAUUGAAGAUUAUUAAUUGCCAGAUAUUUAUUACACUUGCAUUAGGGGUUGGUGCUGUGCUAGGUGCUGAAAAAAAUGGAAAUAAUAUGUGACUCUUGCCCUUCCUUCUGCUCUGCGUACUUUUGUUUUUUCUGCCUGACUAGCAACUCUUAAUCAUCCUUUGAGACCCAUCUCAAAAGACACCUCUGGUAUGAAGCCUAUCCCUCACUCCCUUCUCUAGGCUCUCACAGAACCUGUCCAUACCUCCAUUAAGACAUCGUGUGGCAUGUUAUUCAUUUGCUUAUGUCAUCUAUACACACAUGGUACAUAUACUACACAUCCUGUGAGGACAGGAACCAUGUUUUCCUCUCUCUUUGUUGUCGUUUUCUGUUUCGUUUUCAUCUUGCCAUUGACUCUCUUACACUAAGGAUAGCAGACAUUCCAUAAAUACUUAUUGCGUGAGUGAAUGGAUGGAUGGAGAUGGCACUGGAGUAAGGUCUUGAGGUUGGGAAAGAUUGCCAUAGGAUUCUGGGGGGCGGGGAGGGACGGUAAAUGGAGGGAACAGCCUGAGUUGAAGCCAGAAAGCUCCAAUUUGUAAAUAACGUUGGCAGGCCAAAGGAGUUACUGAGGUGGGGCACAGCUGGAGAGAGAUUUAACCAAAAGCUGGGAAGGGCUGAGAAUGUGGGAGGAAGCAGCAGGAGAGACGUUUGCAGCGAUGAAGACAGAGUGAUGGUGGAAAAUGGGUGAAGGGGGCAGUAGAUGACCCCACGGUUCUGUCCUCAGACCUCAGCUCUCAUUGUUCCAUAACCUCAACAUCCUUGGGCACUUCCUCCACACUGAGGUGGUUCCCACUCAGGCCUCGCUCUAGUCCUCUUCUUUUUCCUGAGUUCUAGAAUCAUCAAAGACCGAGGAAAGAGCCCUGGACUGUGAAGAGGAAACUAGGUUCAGGUUUCAGCGCUAUCUAUUCUAUUAGCCACGAAACAUCGGGCAAGUCGCUCUAAACACAUGCAUUUAUUAACACCCCACCUUGUUCCAGAAAGGAUUUAGGGUGUCAGCAAUUACUUAAUGUCAGGGCUUCAACUUCCUCAUCUGUAAAUGACCCUCAAACUUGAUGCUGCUGAGUAAUGUUCCGGAAGCAUCGUUCUCACUGUGCCAGGGCUCUGUGCUAAAUUCUCGGUGACUCACAGCCACCUGCAGAAGACAGAUUUGCUGGCUGAUCGCGGGAGACGCUUCCCGAUGCGACUGUGUACAUCUGCCUCCACUUCUCAUGACCCCGUGUGCUAAGCCAAGGGAACCGCAACAUGCCUUAAACGCUUCUGCCUCAGCUAAGCACCUGACCUACCUGUUCCUGGCAUCUGUGUCUGUUGAAAUCCUUGUUUGUCUUUGUUUUCACGCUUCUGCGGUAUUUUUCAGGUUCUGUCAUUUACCUUAACUACCUGGUAACUUGUUUCAGCUCACGUCAGUCUGCCUGAAGUUGUCAGCUCCUCAAAGGCAGAGACCGUGUUUCAUGGAUUGAUUUCCCCCCACCUGGUACACUGUCAGUGAAACUUGAAUUGAGAUAAAUCAGGUUGAGACCCACUUCCGAAAUCACUUUCUCAACUCAUAGUUAUGGAUUUUUACAGCUGGAAAUCAUCUGAACAAAUCUUCUCAUUUUACAAAUGUGAAAACCAAGGGUCAAACAGGUGAAGUUACUUUCCCGGUCUUUCCUGAGCGCCCUUGCAUAGCUCCUGGUUUGCAGCGUUCUAGGGACACUGCUUGCAGCCUUGUCAUAGGAAGAUACAUUUACGUGACUCCUCUCCUUUCCCAGAUAUCGAAUGAUGUUGUUUGGAAGAAUUUCCCGGCAGUACUGUGGCUUAAAGAAACUCCCACUGUCACGUGACUCCCGAUACUUCUGGGGCUGGUUGAAUGCAGUAUUUAAUAAAGUGGAUCAUGAACGCAUCAGGGCGGUUGGCCCUGACAGGGCGGCGUCUGAGUGGCUGCUGCGCUGCGGGGCCAUGGUGCGCUACCACGGCCAGGAGAGGUGGCAGAAGGACUACAGCCACCUCCCGACAGGCCCUCUGGACAAAUACAAGAUUCAGGCGAUCGAUGCCACUGAUUCUUGUAUCAUGAGCAUUGGAUUCGAUCACAUGGAAGGCCUACAGCAUGUUGAAAAAAUAAGGCUAUGCAAAUGUCACUAUAUUGAGGAUAACUGUUUGGAGAGACUUAGUCAACUUGACAAUUUACAAAAAAGCAUAUUGGAAAUGGAAAUAAUUUCCUGUGGGAAUAUCACAGACAGAGGUGUCAUUGCUUUGCAUCAUUUCAGAAAUCUCAAGUAUUUGUUUUUAAGUGAUCUUCCUGGAGUAAAAGAAAAAGAAAAAAUUGUCCAAGCCUUUAAAACAUCACUGCCUUCUCUGGAACUAAAAUUAGAGUUGAAGUAAAAUAAUAAUAUUCAGUAAGCGUCUUACUUCAGUAUGAAGUAUCAUUUGAAAUGUUGAUCCUAAACAGCAACAAAUGUUAUAUAAUCAUCAACAGAACUGUAAGGACAUCACAGCAUUCCAGCAGAGUCCAUCACGUAGAAGAUAAACACUCAGACGUGAUUCAAGUUA